GCCACUGCUAUCGAAAUCGAACCGACCGACGAAAUUAUGCGUACGCUCCGCUUUUUUUUAUUUAUUUUUUCGUAAUCCAAACGCCUUGCCGCCCAUAAAAUAAUGAAAAAUCGCACAAAACCGGAAAAGUGCCUAAUUAAAUGUUCGCUGAUUGCUGUGUGUGCGAACGAGAGCAAGAAAUAAAAAGAAAUUGCAGGCGACGCCGAAAUAAAAAACAAAAAAAAACGUUGCAGCAACAACGUGCGUGCGUGUGUGCGAGUGUGUGUGUGUGUUUGUUGGUAUAUGUGAAGAGCAAAGAGAGCGAGUGAGAGGGCGAUAGAAGGCAGAAGAAGCAGCAGCGGAAAAGAGAACGAAGAAAGGAGCCGUUUUAAAACCCAGAACUUUGAAAAGUCGUAGCUGAAAUAUUCCCCGAUUUUCCCGAUUUUCCGAUUCCCGCGAAUCUAAAAGCCGCGCUGCCGGCGUCGCUGCCUCUGCCGACGUCGACGUUGACGCCGCCGUCGCCGAUCCCGUUUUCACGCGUCGCCGCUUCGUCUCGCCAUCUCGCUCUUUUCCCGACCCCCCUCUCUCUCUGCCCCGUCCCCCGCGCCUUUCUGUCCGCCCCCCGCCACCUUAGAGAGAGAGAGAGAGAGAGAGAGAGAGAAAGCCAAGAAAAGAAACGUCAUCAAGCGACAACAGCAACAACAACAACAACAACCACAACCACAACCACAAUCGAGCAACAUCAUCAGGCGACAACAACAACAGCAACAAAACGCAUUUCAUUGCCAAGAAAAAAACGGUCAACGACAUUGCAACACAGCAACAACAACAUUAGCCAGAGAAAUAGCAACAACAUUGGCCCAGAGCAACAACAACAAACAGCAAUAAAGAGAGACUGCAACAACAACUGAUACAAGAACAACAACAACAACAACAACAACAACAACAACAAUAGUAACAUCAACAACAAGCGUACCAACAAAUAGGAAAAUAGGAAAAUGCCCAAAUGCGAUGUGAAAACGCGCUACAUUCCUGCGACUUUCGCCUGGAUUGUGCUGCUCUUAACCACAUUUCUCUUCUUCUUCUAUCCCUGCCAGUACUACGUGAAGAGCCACCCAUGGGUGCUGGCCUACCAGGGCGUGAUCACAUUCUUCGUGCUGGCCAACUUCACGCUGGCCACCUUCAUGGACCCGGGCAUCAUCCCCAAAGCCUCGCCCGACGAAGACUGCGAGGAGGAGCUGCGCGCCCCGCUCUACAAGAAUGCCGAGAUCAACGGCAUCACCGUCAAGAUGAAAUGGUGCGUCACCUGUAAGUUCUACCGCCCGCCACGCUGCUCCCACUGUUCCGUCUGCAAUCACUGCAUAGAGACCUUCGAUCACCACUGUCCGUGGGUCAACAACUGCAUCGGCAGGCGGAACUACAGGUUCUUUUUCUUCUUCCUCGUCUCACUGUCCAUUCACAUGCUCAGCAUUUUCUCGCUGUGUCUGGUCUACGUGCUGAAGAUAAUGCCCAACAUCAAGGACACGGCGCCCAUUGUCGCCAUGAUCCUGAUGAGCCUGGUGACCAUUCUGGCCAUCCCCAUCUUCGGUCUGACCGGCUUCCACAUGGUGCUGGUGUCGCGGGGUCGGACGACCAACGAACAGGUCACCGGAAAGUUCAAGGGCGGCUACAAUCCGUUCUCGCGCGGCUGCUGGCACAAUUGCUGCUACACACAGUUCGGACCACAAUACCCCAGCUUACUGAACCCGAAAAAGUACGCCUCGCGGCGGUCGCAGGUGCAGAACCAGGCGAUCAGCACCAUUUGCAACGACCGGAGCGGCCAGCAGACGGGCGCCGGGGGCGGGGCCGGCGGCAAUGGGACCGCUGCAGCCGCAGCGGGCGGCGGGGGAGGCGUGGGCGGUGGCGGUGGCGGUAUGCGCGGCACUGCGGUGCAGUACUCACCACGCUCCUACUACGACGCGAGUCGCGAGAAGCGCGGAAUUCAGGUAAAGACAUAUAUGGCCGAGGGCAAUGGUUAUAAUCAACGGUCGGGCAGCACAACGCUUUACAGUAAGCUUUCGCCUGGACGGGAGUGCUCCGAUACCGACUUGGAGCCACCACCUGCGUCCCAGAGUCAGGAUUGCGAACCGACGCCGCCGCUGCAGCGGCACAACUCGAGCAGUUUCUAUCUGCCGCAGGUGAGCGACGGCGGCGGAUUGAAUGGCAGCGUUUCCACGGGCGGCGGCGGCGGGGGAGGAGGCGGCGGUGGAGGUGGUGGUGAUUCCCCCCGCCACAUGCGUCUCUACCAUCCGCGUCACAGUCCGCACGCGAGGCCCAGGGGCCUGGAUCCGCAGCGGGGCUAUACGAGUGACGCCCUUUCGCCGGACCAUCCCGUCGGCUAUGGAGUGGGCGUGGGCGUGAACGGACCGCAACAGCAGCAACAGCAAGCGCUGGCGGCGGCAGCGGCGGCGGCGGCGGUGGCAGCACAAAAUCAACGCAGCGCGACGACCACGGCCACGCCCACCAUGCAGCAGCGGAUCAAGCCGCUGGGCGUGGCCACGCCCCUCGUGAUGGCGAGUCCAGUGCGAAGAUCUAAUCCGGGCACGCCCACUCAGCCGAGACGCCCCGAUUUCAUAGGGCUGAAUGCCCAGGCGGUGGCGCAGCAGCAGCAGCAACAGCAACAGGCAGCGGCGGCGGCAGCAGCAGCGGCCUAUUACGAGUACACCAGCGGUCUGCCGCCUCAGCAUCCGCAGGCGCCCAGCAUCCAGCAGCAGCAGCAGCAACUGCUCCUCCAGCAGCAGCGCGUCCUCAUGCAGCACCAGCAACAGCAGCAGGCUUUGCAACAGCAACAACAACAGCAGCAGCAGGUGGCGGUACAUGCGGCGCAUCCGCAGCACGCCGCUCUGGCGCAGGCGGCCUACGGCGGCAGUCCGCAGCGGCGCUUCCUCUCCGAGGGCGAACUGGUGCGCCAGGGGGCCGGCGGCGGGGGCGGCAUUGGCGUGGCCGGCGGCGGCGAGCUGUCGUACGCGCGGUCCAACAACACGGUGGAUAAUAUACGUGAGCUGGCGGGCAGUCCGCAGCGCGGCGUUUACAUGUGGAAGGACACGUCGCCGGGAUUCACUAGCUCAGUGGGACAGCAGCAACAACAGCAGCAACAGGUGGUCAGCAGCGGGAUUGGCAGCAGUGCGGGCACGCUGUCCAGCAGCGGAGCCUCCGCCGGCGUGAUGCCGCAUGCCCAGUACAUGACGGCGGGCGGCGGAGCCCAUCCGCUGAUCAUGACGCACUCGCGACUCCAGGACUAUGCCAUCCAGCAGCAGCAGCAACAACAGCAGCAGCAGCAGCAGCAACAACAGGCCGCCUCAUAUCAUCGCUCCAACCCGACGAGUCCCACCACCAUGCCUCAAGUGCCCGGAGCUGGCCAGCAGGGCUAUAUUCUGCGCUAUGGCGGAUCGGGAUCGGGAUCGGGAUCGGGAGCAGCUGGCAGCAGUGGCAGUUUGGCCAGCGUGACGGGCAGCAAUCCCGUCUAUCAGCCAGCAUUGCGGGGCGGGGUGGCCGUGUUUCCGCCCAAUCCGCUGGGAAAUGCCAACCAGACGCAGCCCUCGCCGCAGAUAAAGCGAAAGCAGACGCCCACGCGUCCCAUGAGCUUUGUGCGGGCCCUGGAGAUGACCGACUCCAUGGAGAUGCAGUCGCUGGAGCAGCAGCAGCAGCUGCAGCAGCAGAAUGGUGGCAUACCCACGAGCGGAACGGCAAUGGCAAUGGCAAACAAUCAGCAGGGCGGCGUUGGCGGCGGGCAACUAAUCCAGGGCAACGCCUCCAAUUCGGGCACGCCGGAUAGGGCCAGCAUCUACGACAUGAACUACGAGAUCUCCGUAUAACCCGUGGUGGUGCCCGUGCUCCUGAUGCCCCCAUCAGUUGGCCAAGCUGCUCCAGUUGCAACCAGUGGUAGUGGCAGUGCUAGUGGCAGUGCUAGUGGCCAACUGGAGCCGGCCGCCUAUGCCUGCGUUCCUGUUUUGCCCCUCAAGCCAAUGAGCAAUGGAAUAGGACCCAAUAGUCAUCAGCAUCAUCACCAACAUCAUCAUCAGCUCCAAACGCAGCAGCAGCAGCAGCACCACCACCACCACCACCAACAUCCGCACCAGAACCACAACAACCUAAGCCUAAACACAAACGCAAACUCCAACCAGAACCAGAACAAACGCAAAUUUUCAACCUUCUUUUGAGAGAAGAACGAGCAUGUUUUUAUUUUAUUUUAUUGAAAUUUUAUUGUACCCAAACAAAAACGAUUGAUUAACCAGAGCUAUUUACACCAGAUGUCUGUGUAUAUAUAUAUAUAUAUAUAUAUAUAAGUUGCACUGCUGUUGCAGCUUUUGCUAAAUUUUAAGUCAUUUUAUUAUGUAUUUUUUAUGCUUUGUUUUUUAUGAAUAUAUUUUAAGGCACUGGAAAAUUAAUUUAUAAUUUUAAAUGAUUUUUUAAAAUAUGAAACAAAUAGAUUUGAAGAUAAAGAGAAUAUGAGAUAAAUUGAGAAAGAGUGCAGGCAGGAUAAAUACAGUGCGUUUCGUGGGUAUAGGAGCAAAGAAAUGUUAAAGUAAAAUCCACAAAAAAUCAAUGCCACGCACUGUAUUUUAACUGGUAAAACUGCUAUAUCUAUUAUACAUAUAGUACACACAUAUAUGGAAACCUUUUGCAAUCAACUUGAAAAUCGCCAAAAUUUGUACGUCUUUGUGUGUGUGUGUGUGUGUGUGUGUGUCUGUGUGUGUUUAUCUGUGUGUGAGUGUGCUUGUGUGUGUGUGUUUAAUGUUUAGUCUUUAUAAAUUGAUAUCUAUUUAUGCCAUAUAUAAUGUAUAUAGGAUAUAUGCUACGUCAGGGCCCAGGUGCAGAGAACUUUUGUCAUUUGUGUACAUACUAUAGGUGAAGCGAAGUUAGAAGAUCUAGAAAUGUGGAAGGGGAGGCGGCGGAGCAACCGAUUUGUGCUUAGAAUACAGAGAUUAUAUAUAGUGUGCUGGCGAAUUUAGACGGAAUCUUUGCUGCGGGUUGUGCGUGUGUGCGUGUGCGUGGCAACUCCUUAACUAUCAUAAUCUGUAAAUAGAAACCCGUUUUGUAAGAGAACUACCUCCCUCUUAUCCGAUUCCUCAGUCCAGUGCAGCGAAAUCGUAGCCCCCCAGUACAGUUCGUUUCGGGAGCGUAGAGCAGUCGAGCCCCAAGGUUUCACUCGAAGUCAUUCUGCAAUAAGUUCAGCCACCCACUUAAUUUCUCACUCAGGAUAUUUGAUUAACAGUUUCACAAAUCCCCCCCCCCCCCCCCCUUACAGCCCCGAAACGCACUGUUUUUUUUGCCCCCCAAUUUACUUAGAAUUCGUAAGAGAGAGCCCUUAUGUAACUUGAAUGUCGUCCAAUUGAAAAUGAGUUUUGAGUUUCCUGUACAUAAGUGUAAUAAGUUUUGAGGUUCUACAAACUACGCGUACGCCUGCUUGCCUAAAUAUACAUACAUAUAUGGGCCCCAACUUUGUUGUUAUGUUUUUAAGUGAACUUAGCUUUUAUACCGGAUCCCCAAACCAACAACUGUGUGUGCGUGUGCGUUUGAGUGUGUGUGUGUCCUUAGAUCAAUUCAAAGGCAUGUGUUUCGGUUCGAUUUUUUUGUCCUCGAUUCGGUUUAUUAAAAAAUGGCAAAUUUCUAGCAUUAAUAUCUGUAAGAAAGUUAGCUCUAUAUAGACACGACACUCAAUCCAUCGAUCGAUCGGGGAGAAAGCAACCGAGAAUUAUACAUGUGUAAGCGCGAUCAAUCCAAUUCCGAAUCCCGAAAUUCUGAAAUCCCGAAAUCCCUAUCCCAUAGAUCAUGAGAAUUUGCAAGGAUCAAAACUUGUAUAGACUAUGCGGUAAGGUGUGCGACAUAAGUGACUGGGACAGCCCACAUUUCGCUCUUCAGUUCGACUUCUUCCACACAAACAGUGCUAAUAUUUAUCGAAUAUUCCGAAUACUUCCAGCUGCAAAAAGGUGUGUUUGGUGAAAAUACAGCUGUCCCAUACACACACACACUUCGCACACCUUAUUUAUCGGAUCAAGAGUAUAUAUUAUACACGCGUAUAUUUAAGCGGUUUUUGCUAACACACUUUAAUUCAUGAAUUUGCAACAAUAUUUAAUAAAAAUAAUGAAAUGCAUAUACAAACAACAACAACAACAAAAAGAAACAAAAAUCGAGAAAAACUAAAGUGUAAUGUAAAAUGUAACAUGAGGAAAAAAAAGAACAAAAAAAGAA